AAGAGACCCCAGCCUGUUGUAGCAGCGCAGCUAGCAACCUCCAUGUGUGCUCUGUCACAAGGGUGAACAUUGCACGGACAGAAAAGACUCAGACUCUGGCACAUUUUGCCUCCUCCUGAAGACCACGGUAGACUGCGUAUAACUGACUGGCGGGGACCGACACGGACAUGGCGACAUCCAGCUCCUGUGUUGUGAUCAGUGACGAGGAGCAGGGGUAUGACCUGGACCUUUUUUGCAUACCAAAGCACUACGCCUCCGACCUGGAGAGGGUCUACAUCCCACAUGGACUCAUCCUGGACAGGACAGAGAGGCUGGCUAGAGAGAUCAUGAAGGAAAUGGGGGGCCACCACAUCGUGGCCCUCUGUGUGCUCAAAGGGGGUUACAAGUUCUUUGCAGACCUGCUGGACUACAUCAAGGCCCUGAACAGGAACAGUGACCGCUCCAUCCCAAUGACAGUGGACUUCAUUCGCCUCAAGAGCUACUGUAAUGACCAGUCGACGGGUGAAAUCAAAGUAAUCGGUGGAGAUGAUCUGUCUACACUGACCGGCAAGAACGUCUUGAUCGUGGAGGACAUUAUCGACACAGGGAAGACAAUGAAGACAUUAUUGCAACUCCUCAAGCAGUACAAUCCCAAAAUGGUUAAAGUAGCAAGUUUGUUGGUGAAGAGAACACCAAGAAGUGUUGGCUAUCGACCAGACUUCGUAGGAUUCGAGGUGCCUGACAAAUUUGUGGUGGGAUACGCACUAGACUACAACGAGUACUUUAGAGAUCUAAAUCAUAUCUGCGUCAUUAGUGAAACCGGGAAGGAGAAGUACAAGGCAUGAAGAGUAUCGAUUUUUACUGUAUGGUUUAACUUUUCACUUUGCUGUCCAUUUUUAUAUAUUUUACUUCUUCAUAUUUGUGUGAUGAUAAUACUCAGCCUGCUCAGGGUCCCUGAAGACACACUGCUGGAGUGAUAAUCCUGACAGUUCCAUUGCCUGUUUCUAGCCACCACACACAAACACACACACACGACUGAGCUUUUACAGAAGAUUGAUUGCCUAAAGCUGAGGACACACUACAAGAUUUUUUGCCAGAUUUUACCCAUGAUUCCUAGUUGGGCAAAGUCUGCACCAGUCUGCACUAGUUUGGGACAGUUGGCAUGGCUCGUUGGAACAAAAAUCUGCUAAAACUACAAAAUGUCUGUUGAAACCAUCAUGUAGUGUGUUCUCCAAAGCAUUUCAAAAGACUGUGAUGUUGUGUAGUGUGUCCCCACUUUUAGAUAGAACCAUAUCUGGGUAAAACAGCAUGGAGCCCGCCUUCCCCUGAACUUAGUAGUCUAUAAUUAUUAUCUGCCCCAUACUGAUUACUUAUUUUUUUAAGCAAUGGAGUAAUUUAUUCAGAGCACUGCUGCUAGCUUUAAGUACAAUAUCAAAACGGUUGUGCCACAGCAGAUUUUGACAUUGAUUUUUAAUAUUUCUUUUUAUUGUAAUUAUUUUGCAUUGAGCUAUUAAUAGCUGUUUUAUGGGCACCCUUAAAGAGGAUUUUACAACUUCUUGUAAAAUGUAUAUUUUGGGACAAAACACGUGUGUUACUGUGGUGUGAAUAAGAUUUUCCUCAGAUUGUGUAGAAAUGUAACACAAAUAUUGGCUGCUGACCCUAAUUGAACACAUAGAAACCUCGUUUUUAUGAUUGUUGAUGAAAUCAUUGUCUUUUACGUUACACAGAAAUUUGAUGCAUAUAUGCUUUGUUCAGACUGGGAGCUUUCUUGCUGGAAAAUGUAUAGAUGUGUAAAUGAUCACUUGAUACUUUACCUGAAGAUAAAAGGUAUUCUGUUUUUUAGCAUGUACCGGUAAUCUGUAUGUCACUGAAUCAGACAUAAUUUAGCAACCUUUUUUAUUUUAUUUGCAUUCCUACUAUGUAAAAUGCUCUUAUUCAAUCGUGCCAUCACUGUAAACCAGGAUCAACUGAAUUUUGCAAUACCAGCCAUUAAAUGUUCACACCCCU